CAAGAUUACUUUACAUCUGUCUAACCUCCAUCGUUGAGGAUUAAUCAGCCAACUGUCCAAUUCUGUGCACUGUGACUGUGACGACAUCAUAAAUCGCAUCGCCAUUGCUUCGUAAAUACCCCCCCGCAUACAAUGUCCACCGACCCUUUUCCCUCCAUUUUGGUGACCCCAGAAGAAUUUCACAGUGUCAGGAGGCCAACGACCCGUCGCAUCAUUCCGGUAGCGGCAGGGCGUGGGGCACUGCGCUCAUCUUACGAAAAACAGCAUAUACCAGGCUCAGUGUUCUUCGAUAUGGAUGUCAUAGCAGACACCACAUCACCAUACCCCCAAAUGCUCCCCACGGUGAAUCACUUUGCUCACUGCAUGGGGGAAAUGGGAGUCCAACCGGAUGACAUCCUGGUCGUUUACGACGCAGUCGAGAUAGGCAUGUACAGCGCACCGCGCGUUGCAUGGGCCUGUCGCCUCUUUGGACAUGAUUCGGUACAUGUCUUGAAUAAUUUCCGUCUGUAUACGGAGCGAGGAUAUCCUGUUGAAGAAGGAAGGAUGUGGUCGCUUCCACAAACUGUUUACCCUGUUCACGAGCCAGGUGCAAACCAAGUUAUCGCAUUUGAGGAAUUGCGGAACAUAAUCUUGCACGAACGAAAUAAUUACCAUAUCAUAGAUGCCAGAAUCCCAGGUCGCUUUUCAGGCACGCAGGAAGAAGCUGAUCCCACACUGCGAUCGGGACAUAUGCCUUCUGCGAUCAAUAUCCCGUUGGCAGCGAUGUUGGAUGCGGAGUCGAAGGCUUUUCUGCCAUUGUCAGAAUUGAAGGGGCUCUUUGAGAAAGCAGGUAUUGAUGCCAAUACACCGGUUAUCUUGACUUGCAAUUCUGGAGUAACUGCCGCCGCAUUGGACUUAUCAUUGCAGGUGACCGGUUACGAUAUGGAACGGAGGGUGUAUGAUGGGAGCUGGAUGGAAUGGACGAGGAGGGCGGAAAGCGACUUGGUAUUCAGGGAUUGAAUUCUACUUUACUUGCACAUAUUUGUUCAAACAUUCUUGCC